GAACGAAGAAGACGCAUUGUUCUAGAGCUCCACUGAAAGAUUUCGAUUUUUCCAGCUAUACGUGAGUGUAUACGUUCCAUUAACCUCGUUUCCGCCGUUAUUCGUUCGGAUCGCACCCCGGGCGAAGCCCGGGACACAACUCCCCGGCUGGGAUUUCUUCUCGGCAACGAUGGAUUUUCCGGACCGUACAGGGAAGGCGAAAUGUACCACUCUAGCCGCACCGGCGGCCACCCUCACUCCUCGAAAGGAAAGCGGUGAGGAAAAUGCCCCACAAGGGCCCUCCCAACACCUUCACUACGAUCCUGAUCACCUACAAGAAAGCAGCAGUGACAUGGACUCCCUGAUAAUUGACGAGGAUGCAGAUGACACCGUGGAUGGUUUCCGGGUCCCUCGGCAGCAGCUUAAACGGAAACGACGAGCCGAGCGCCGUCACAGCAGCUCCAGUGACGAUACAGUCAAAAGUGUACCCUCCUCUACUUGCUCCACAAGGGCUCCCUCUCUGACAGUGCUUUUCCGUCCCAUUUCGCAAGGUGAGACGGUCAAUAGCUUGCAGUUAACGAAACUUGAGCAAUACCUCGAAUCGGAAGCACCAAACGAGAUUGCCGAAAUACGCUUGAAUUACAAAAAGAACAUCGUCGCAGUCGAUGUAAAGACCGCCGGCGGCGUCAACAAACUUUUAGGACUGUCCCGCCUCUGUGCAAAGUCAGUGUCUGCUUUCGUCCCGGCAUCAGCACGUGCGACGAACGGGGUUAUUCGCGUCUCUGAUACAUCUCUAAGUGAUGCAGAAAUCAGCAAACGGCUCCGAGCUGUCAUUCCUGUUACGAGCGUCAGGCGCCUCGGUAAGGAAGGAGUGCUUGUGAAGCUGAGCUUCUCCUCAGGCCCCCUACCAAAGCAGGUCCACAUUGGAACGGUCAAAUUCCUUGCCAGCGAGUACAAACCGAAACCAACUCAGUGUUUCAAGUGUGGACGUUUUGGCCACGUAAAUGCAACCUGCACACGUGCCCAGACCUGUAUGAGAUGCGCCGGGAAUCAUGACAUCAGCGCUUGUAUAGAAGAAAACACACUGAAAUGUCAGAACUGUGGCAAGGCACAUUCCACGCUCGACAAUGCCUGCCCCGUAAAGCAGUUGGAAACAGCGGCCCAUCGCUACAGCGUCAACAGUCGUGUCCCUAUACGUGAGGCCCGUAGAAUCUUCCGUGCUUCAAAAGAAAGGAGAAAAGAUCCUGCCCUACAUCAUGAAACUACCACCACGACGAAGGCUCGCCUUCGCAAGGGCGCCCUGCACACCAAGGCUUCUUUCAGUGAGGUGAUCAAAAGAUCCCAUGUCCCCUCCCCUGCUCCGCACACCGCUGAAAAGACUCCUAACGUUGCAAGGGAGCCUCGUACGGCAGCCCCCAUAUUGUUCACAAGAAACCACAUCUCUCCAAAAACGGCGGACAACACACCCGAAUCAAACCAGCCGCAAAAAGCAACAUCCAAUGAACAAUUACCAAGGUUUGCUGCGUUCAUCGACAUCGCUUUUCUCGUCCUCAGGACACUACAUGAAUGCUCAUGGCUUCCAUUAGGCAUGCGUCACUUCAUUUCUCUUGUUCUCCCGCUUCAGCAAUCUCUAACGAACUUCGUUGGAGUGUGA